AUGCCUGGCCCCGAGAGGAAUCCACAGACCCUGUACGAUAAGGUUCUGUCGAACCACAUUGUGGACGAGAAGCUCGAUGGCACAAUCUUGCUGUAUAUCGACAGACACUUGGUCCACGAGGUGACUUCUCCUCAAGCUUUUGAGGGAUUGAAGAAUGCUGGUCGAAGAGUUCGCCGACCAGACUGCACCCUGGCCACCACUGACCAUAACGUUCCCACCACAUCAAGAAAGGGCAUGAAAGACAUUGCCACCUUCAUCGAAGAAGACGACUCAAGAACCCAAUGCGUUACCCUUGAAGAAAACGUCAAGGAUUUCGGCCUGACCUACUUUGGUCUCGGCGACAAGCGCCAGGGCAUCGUUCACGUCAUCGGCCCGGAGCAGGGCUUUACUCUCCCCGGAACUACCGUUGUCUGCGGAGACAGCCACACCUCUACCCAUGGCGCUUUUGGUUCUCUCGCAUUUGGCAUUGGUACCAGCGAGGUUGAACACGUCCUGGCCACCCAGUGCCUGAUUACCAAGCGCAGCAAAAACAUGCGAAUCCAGGUCGAUGGCGAGCUGGCUCCUGGUGUGAGCUCCAAGGACAUCAUUCUCCAUGCUAUCGGCAAGAUUGGUACUGCUGGGGGCACUGGCGCUGUCAUUGAGUUUUGUGGCUCAGUCAUUCGCAGCCUGAGCAUGGAGGCUCGCAUGUCCAUUUGUAACAUGUCCAUCGAGGGUGGUGCUCGUGCUGGCAUGGUUGCUCCUGAUGAGACCACCUUUGAGUACCUCAAGGGCCGCCCGCUGGCCCCCAAGUUUGGUUCCGAUGGGUGGAACAGGGCCACGGCGUACUGGAAGGCACUGCAGUCUGAUCCUGGUGCCAAGUACGACAUUGAUGUUUUUAUCGACGGCAAGGACAUUAUCCCCACUGUUACUUGGGGAACCUCUCCCGAAGAUGUUAUACCCAUUACCGGCGUCGUGCCUGACCCCGAGACGUUUGCCUCUGAGGCCAAGAAGGCUACCGGGCGUCGAAUGCUCGAGUAUAUGGGCUUGACUGCUGGCACACCAAUGGAAGAGAUUGUGGUUGACAAGGUGUUUAUUGGGUCUUGCACCAACUCUCGUAUCGAGGAUCUGCGUGCCGCCGCCCACGUCGUCAAGGGCAAGAAGAUUGCUUCCAAUAUUAAGCGAGCCAUGGUUGUCCCCGGCUCUGGUCUCGUCAAGACCCAGGCUGAGGAAGAGGGCAUCGACCAGGUUUUCGUCGACGCCGGAUUUGAAUGGCGCGAGGCUGGCUGCAGCAUGUGCCUGGGCAUGAACCCGGAUAUUCUCUCUCCGCAGGAACGGUGUGCCAGCACUUCCAACCGAAACUUUGAAGGUCGCCAGGGAGCCGGCGGCCGAACGCAUCUGAUGUCUCCUGUCAUGGCUGCAGCUGCGGCCAUCGUUGGCAAGCUUGCCGACGUGCGCAAGCUGGCCAGCUACAAAGCCAGCCCGCAUGUCGAGGCCAGCGUCACCCCGUCCACCUCACAAAAAGCCCAUGUAGAUGAGAGGGUCGCUACUGAUGCUCAUGAACGAGAAGUCAUUGGCGACCAGCCCGAAGAUUCAGAGCCUCACACCAACACGUCGGUCUCUACAUCCAACGGCGGCUCCUCCACCGCCGGGCUCCCCGAGUUUCUCAGCCACAAGGGCAUUGCCGCGCCCCUAGACAUGGCCAAUGUCGACACCGAUGCCAUCAUCCCGAAGCAGUUUUUGAAGACCAUCAAGCGAACCGGCCUGGGCACUGCCCUCUUCCACGCCUUGCGCUAUAGCCCAGAUGGCUCGGACAAUCCCGACUUUGUCCUCAACCAGGAGCCCUACCGCAACGCCAAGAUCCUCGUCUGCACAGGGCCAAACUUUGGCUGCGGCUCAUCCCGUGAACACGCCCCCUGGGCCCUCCUCGACUUUGGCAUCAAGUGUGUCAUUGCCCCCUCCUUUGCCGACAUCUUCUUCAACAACACCUUCAAGAACGGCAUGCUGCCCAUCAAGAUUGAGAACAAGUCAGACCUCGACGCCAUCGCCGACGAAGCCCGUGCCGGCCGCGAAAUUGAAAUCGACCUCCCCAGCCAGCUGAUCAAGAACUCUGUCGGCGACACAAUCUGCGCCUUUGACGUGGAAGAAUUCCGCAAACACUGCCUGGUUAAUGGCCUGGAUGACAUUGGCCUCACUAUGCAGAUGGAGGACAAGAUUGGCGAGUUUGAGAAGAAAAUGACGGAGGACACGCCCUGGCUGGAUGGCACCGCGUACUUGAAGAGACCUGGCCAGGGAGGCAAAUUGGCCGCCAAGGCGGUGCCUGUGCCCAAGACGAAUAGGGGCGAGGAGAAGAAGGAGCCACUGGAGUGGUGA